AUGGCUGCCUCCGGGGACUCGGACUGCUUGGUGGUGAUUGAAGGCCUCGUGGACAGCCGCGGGGCCCCGCGGCUGCUGGUGCUGGCGCUCCUGCUGGGGGCGCAGCCAGAUGCCCGAGCUGAGGUGCAGGUGUCUGUGCCCCCCCUGGUGGAGGUGAUGAGGGGGGAGUCCGUCGCCCUGAACUGCACUCCCUUGGGAGUCCACGACUAUUUCAUGCUGGAGUGGUUCCUGGCCGACCGCUCCGGGGCCCGCCACCGCCUGGCUUCGGGCGAACUCCGGGGCUCCGAGAUCCGGGGCGGGGUGCACAGCUCCCGGGGCCGCAGUCCCCCGUACCAGCUGGACUCCCAGGGGCGCCUGGUGCUGGCUGAGGCCCAGGUGGGUGACGAGCGGGACUAUGUGUGCGUCGUGACAGUGGGAGCAACGGUCACUGCCGAGGCCACCGUGAGGCUCCAGGUAUUUGCAAAACCAGAGGCCACUGAGGUUGCCCCCAACAGAGGGACGCUGUCUGUGACGGACGACGUUGCCCAGGAGAUUGCCACCUGCAACAGCCACAACGGGAACCCAGCCCCCCAGAUCACGUGGCAUCGGAACGGGGAGCCCCUGCAGGUGCCCAUGGAGGUGAACUCAGAGGGCUACAUGACCAGCCGCACGGUGCGGGAGGCCUCCGGCCUGCAGUCUCUCACCAGCACCCUCUACCUGCGGCUCCACAAGACGGACCGGGACGCCAGCUUCCACUGCUCCGUGCACUACUUCCUGCCCAAGGGCCAGCAUGGCCGCCUGGACAGCCCUCCCUUCGGCCUCACCCUGCACUAUCCCACGGAGCACGUGCAGUUCUGGGUGGGCAGCCCGGCCACCACCGAGGGCUGGGUACGCGAGGGCGACUCUGUGCAGCUGUUCUGCCGUGGUGACGGCAGCCCCAGCCCGGAGUAUACGUUUUACCGCCUUCAGGACAAGCAGGAAGACGUGCUGAAAACAAAUCUCGAGGGGAACUUGACCCUGGAGAGGGUGCAGCGGGGCCAGAGUGGGACCUACGGCUGCAGGGUGGAGGACUACGACGCUGACGAGGACGCCGAGCUCUCCCAGACCCUGGAGCUUCGCGUGGCCUACCUGGACCCCCUCGAGCUCAGCAAUGGGGAGGAGCUUGCCUUACCCCUGGGCGGCAGCCUGGCCACGAACUGCUCCGUGCAAGGCCUACCCACCCCCACGCUACGCUGGACCAAGGACUCGAUGCCCCUGGGGGAGGGCCCCACGCUCUCGCUCAGCUUUGUCACUUUUGACUCUGCUGGCAGCUACACGUGCGAGGCCUCCAUGCCCACAGUCCCCCUCCUGAGUCGCAACCGGAUCCUCAGGCUGCUGGUUGAAGGGUCACCAGAGUUAAGGCCAGAGGAGACUCUGCCCAAGGCCGCGGGCAGCUGGACAGAAGGGGAUGAAGUCAGGCUGGUCUGCUCUGCCCGCGGUUACCCGGAGCCCAAACUCAACUGGAGCCAAAUGGGAGGCAGUCCAGCAGAGCCAGCCUCCGGAGGCCAGGGCUGGGUGAGCAGCUCCCUGACCCUGAAGGUGACCAGUGCCCUGAGCCAAGACGGUGUGUACUGUGAGGCCUCCAACCCCCACGGGAAUACCCGGCACGUGUUCCACUUCGGCCCCGUGGCCCCCCAGACCUCCCAGGCCGGAGUGGCCGUCAUGGCCGUGGCGGUCAGCGUGGGCCUCCUGCUCCUCGUGGUCGCUGCCUUCUACUGCAUGAGACGCAAGGGGCGCCCCGGCUGCUGCCGGCAGGGGGAGAAGGGGGCUCCGCCACCUGGGGAUCCGGAGCUGAGCCACUCAGGGUCCCAGCGGACGGAGCAGACAGGCCUUCUCAUGGGAGGUGCCUCUGGAGGAGCCAGGCGUGGCAGUGGGGGCUUCAGAGAUGAGUGCUGAGCCUAGGACCUCCAAGAGGCAAGUCACUGGACCUGACCUGGAGUUGCAGGCAUCAGAGAACCAGCCCUGCUCACGCCCCGCCCGCCCUCGCCUUCCUGGUCUUCCCACUCCACCCUCCCUUCCUUUCUCUGCAGGCUGGGCAGGGACCUACAGCUGCUGCUGUUGCUGCCAGGAGGGAGGAAGGGUGUGAUGGGGGGGUGGGAGGGGACCUUCCUCCAGGGAGUAUGACUCUCCCAGGUCCCAGAAUAGCUCCUGGAGCCGAGCCCAGGGCCCAGCCUGGGAUGGGGCUCUGAGGGUCGGGUCGGCUGGCCGGUGGCUAUUUUUACCUCCUGCCUCCAUUGCUAGUCCCCCCACCUGACGUCCUGCUGCAUAGUCUGACACUGGAUCCCCACCCCCGGCCCCGCCCCCUCAUCUGUGGACACUGGAGUCUGGAAUAAAUGCUAUCUGUCACGUUGACACCA